AUGUGUUUCUUGGUCAACAACCGUUCCGACUUCCCGAAGCUGCAAAACAAUUGGAACAUAUUCAUGGCCAAGGCGAAUACCUUCAAAACGCAUCCCGCGGCCGACAGUGCCAAAAGGGCUGAAUGGAAGACAAAGGGAGCCGAAAUAGAGGCAACUUGGGGGCCGUUUCUGCCCAAGGUUCCAGACGGCAUGCUCAAGGGCCAACUCAAAAUGACGGGAAAUGCAGCCUUGGAGGGGCCGCAAAAGUUCGGCUAA